AAAGUGUGUGUAUGGUCUGGUAAAACUAAAGCAGCAAAGAUUUUGUUUGAUUCGCUGGCAGCUUCAACAGAACUAUAUUCAUCAAUACACAUUCCUUCUCAAAGAUCAUUCGAUUGAAGUCCAAGCACAAAUUAGGAGACAAUUGUAGGCUAAGGAGAGUGAAAUUCAGAUCAGAAUAAUCAAUGGGUAAUUUGUUUGUGAAGAAACCAAAGGUCACAGACGUUGAUAAAGCAAUCCUCGCUCUCAAGACCCAGAGACGCAAACUCGCCCAAUAUCAACAGAAGCUUGAUGCAGUUAUCGAAGCAGAAAAACAGGCUGCACGAGAUUUGAUUCGUGAAAAGAAGAAGGAUAGGGCCUUGCUAGCACUGAAGAAAAAGAAGACACAAGAAGAAUUGUUGAAGCAAGUUGAUACCUGGCUUAUAAAUGUUGAGCAGCAAUUAGCAGAUAUUGAACUGGCAAGCAAGCAGAAGGCUGUGUUUGAAAGUUUGAAGGCUGGUAAUGAUGCAAUGAAAGCCAUACAAAGUGAGAUAAAUAUUGACGAUGUUCAGAAACUUAUGGAUGACACCGCUGAAGCUAAAGCCUAUCAAGAUGAAAUUAAUGCGAUACUAGGGGAAAAAUUAUCAGCAGAAGAUGAGGAGGAGAUUUUAGCAGAAUUUGAAGACUUGGAAACCCAGCUUACCGUCCAAGAUCUUCCUGAAGUUCCUCACUCAGCUCAUGAAGAAAUCGAAGAAAAGUUGGACCUUCCUGAUGUACCAACCAAAGCACCAGUUACCAGUGAUGCUGAUGUAUCUACGAAAAGAAAAGUUAUGGAGGAACCAUUGGCAGCUUGAAGAACAUUGCGACCAAAAACAUGUCAAUUGCUCUGUAAACCAAGUUGAGCGUGCAACUGACUUACCGUCAUCAUCAUCCACAGAAGCAGACCAACCGUCAUCAUCAUCCAAACAAGCAGACAAUUAAUAGAUUAAUUUACGUAUGCUUUAAUUUAUGUUUUCUAGUGAAGGGGGAAAAUUACUUUAAUGGAGUACUGUAAUAGUAUGUUAUCAGCUCUAAGACUGGUUAUUGGAUGACUGUACUUGUAUUCAAGUUUCAAUGUUGUUAUUGUGCACUUUUAUAAUUUAGUAAGAUGUCAUGUAAUGUUCUU